UGUCGUGGAACACAUCUGAGACGAGAGAGCUAUUUCGUAACGACCAAAGGAUUUUUAUCGUACAUUCAUUGAAACGUUUUUAAAUGGCACCGGCAGAAGCUCCUCAUACUCCAAACAUAUCUGUGAGCCGAAGAAUGAAAACCCAAGAAGAAAAAAUCGCUCACGACUUGGUAGGCGAUUAUAUUUAUUUCAACAAACUGGGAAAGGAAGCGUACAGGGCGAAUACAAAAGUUGCUGCUACUCUCCGGAAGAUUGGCAGCGAAAUUGAAACAAGGCACGAAGCGUUACUGAAAAAUAUGUGUAACAAGCUCGACAUCAGGGCUUCAACGGCCGAAAUCACUUUUAGAACUGUUGCCGAUGAAAUUUUCAGCACAGGUAUCAACUGGGGCCGGAUUGUAGUUUUGUACUGCUUCGCGGCCGAAGUCGCUUCGUUCUGCAGCCGGCAAGAGAUCGAUAUUGUCGACGACGUGGUGAGGUGGCUUUCGGAGUAUGUUUGCCAAAGAACCUUUACCGAAUGGAUAAGAAAAGCAGGAGGAUGGGAUGCAUUUUAUGAACAAUUCAAAGACCUCCAAGAUGAGAGGGAAAAGGGUUGGUGGAAUGGCAUUUUGUACACAACGCUUGGACUUGGAACCCUUGCUGCAGUAUUGUAUGUAAAGAGUUAGAAUCAAUGAGCAACUGCUUGUACUUUUAACCCAUGGCAUCCCAGUAGAGGAAAGUGAUGUUUAGUUCAUUAUGAGAAACACUCAGAUAACAAAGGCAGUGGUGAUAUAUUUUGGUCACAAGAAAGCUACAUCAUUUGUAACAGAGCUAUGACCAUACUCUGUUAGCUAAACAUUGUCGAUGAAAGUUGUAGAUACAGAAAACAGCCAAGAUUGUUAUCGUGGAAACGGUCUGUGUUGGAGCAGAUUCUGCAGUCAAACUGCAAGGGACAGAAAUAAACAGAAAUAUGUUGACCUGAAGCAAGAAUAUCACGACAAAGGGUCUGAUUUAAUCAGCCUGCAUGUUGACAGACAGAACGGUGUGUUUCGUGGGAGAAAGAUGCUAAGACAAUUUUUAUAACAUUAAUGGUUAUCUAAAAUGAUUCGUAAAUAUAUUAUUGUAGUGGACAACAAGGAGUGAACCGUUGGAUUAUGGACGUUCACUUUGUAGACAUCCUCAGUUAGUAUGUGUUUCAUUUAAAAGAAUAGCUAGAAUUUAUUUAUAAUCGUAUUUUCCUUUGCCAAAAUAUUAGAAUUGAGUGAUUUUACCUUUUAUCUUACAGAUAAAAUAAAGAGUACCAUGUAAAUGGAAUAUCAUUUUAAAAACGUUAUGUUUCUUUUGAUUGGGAAAAAACAUACUUCCUUACUCAAAACAACCAGUCCUUGUAGUCAGAAAUGUCAAAUGUCUGAUCUUGGGUUGAGAACCAAGAGUUGACAAACACAUAAAUGCUCUGUGCACAUCUGGUAGCAUGUAUUUUCGCAGCAGUCUCAAAAAUACUGCUUUCUUCUCAUUGUAAAAAGCACGUUUUUCAAUGAAUGGUUUUAAUUUGCUCGUGGGCUUGAUGAAUUCCCAGAAGUCAUACUUCCUAUAACGAUUUGAGAACUGAGAUGAAUGAAAAACAAGGAGAGCUGAGUACUGAUCGUGAGGGAAGGAAAGUGUUUGUUUUCAACAACGGUAUACUACGCAUCCCUGGAAGCGUCCAAUUCACUGAUCUUUACACUUCAUUAUCGUAAUGGAUAUGUGCCCACAACCAUUUCUAUUUUGAUACGCGAGAAGGAACUCGCAGCCGAACAGAAUUUAGCCACUCCUUUCCCCUUCUCGCGUUUGCACGACUGCUGUUCGCCUUCGACGAUGAUCUUUGAGCAGACUAGAAUGUUAUGGUACGGUAUGUUAGGACGAAAGGGUUGAGGCCAUUUAUCAAAGGGUCUCUAUUGUCAUUCUCGUUGCCAAAUUCUUUUUUGACAGCCUAACAAUAUUGACGAUGGUGUCUGGUUCGUCAUCGGUUGCCCAUGUGAUUUUGCAUUGAAAUGUAGAAGUAGGAUAUAACCUUACUGCCAACCUUUCACUACAAGUUAUGUAACCUUAAAUUGGUGAAGGCUUUUGGUAUCUAUGGAUGAAAUACUUUUCCUAUCCUAAUCGGGUCACUCGUCGGUCCAGGCCGAUGCAAAUAUAACGGCACGUAGAGAGUGAAUACUGCCAUGUCACUCUUUGACGAAGUACAGUGCCAUUUCCUGGCAACUGUUCCUCAUUCUUAUUUUUACAUUAUUAUGGAACAACUCGUAUCUUGUUCAGUUGAGUGUGGCUAACACCUUUUGGUACUUUGUACUUUCUGUACUUUGUACAUUUGGUACUUUGUUAUGAAACCUCUUUUAUUUAGUGCCACCAAAAUAGAAAACUGAUCAUUAAAACUACUUGUUCACUCUC